AUGGACGCUGAAUUAUACCCUCCGCAAUUGGUAGCGACAACGAGUGGCGCAUAUUCAUGCUCAAUUGAAGAAUCAAGACGACGUGAAGCUGAAGAACGUGAAGGUUCUUCCGUCUUUUCCUCAGCAACAACUGCACAAGACAGUCGCGAGUCUAAUUAUUUUAAAAGCAUACAAUGGUCUCCUGAUGGCACAUCGCUGAUAGCAGCUUCUGCUGACAACAAGCUCCGUUUCUACGUCGCACCCCCUGACCUUCUAUCCCCCUCGUCCACGCCUCACAUAUUAACACCAUACACUACCUACGCUGCCCCGGAACCAACCUACACGCAAUCCUUCUACCCCCAUUUUGAUCUCCAAAAUUCUUCAACAACCCUCCUCCUUUCAUCACCACGAGAUCAUCCAAUCCAGCUCAUCAACGUCCUCUCCCCCGAGCCAUCACCAGUGUCCACCUACUCACUAGUAUGUCGCACCACGGAGGCUUAUCUGACUCCGUCUUCCUUGCUCUGGCACCCGUCUGGUCACGAGUUCUACGCCGGAACCGACUGCCUAAUCAGCAUAUUCGAUGUCUCCCGCUCAGGCGAGGGCCCAACCACGCGCCUCCCAACUAUUCCUUCAAAGCGCCAUAAAAUGAAAGGUGGUGGCGUGGGGAUGCGUGGUAUCGUCUCUUGUUUAAGUUUGCAGCCAGACGCGCCUGACAGUCCCGUGGGGAAUGUCAUGCUAGCUGCUGGAACGUGGACACGAUGGGUUAGCCUCUAUGAUGCCGAGGGGCUAGGGGGCACUGUUGCGAACUGGACUAUUGCAUCCGCAGCGGAUGACGAGGCUCAGAUUGGCGGGGCUGGGGUUAGUCAAGUUCUUUGGAGCUCUUGUGGUCGGUAUCUUUUUGUCGUUGAGCGCAAGAGUCGAGGGGUACUGGUCUACGAUGUAAGAGUUACUGGAAAGCUUGUGGGAUGGUUAGAGGGACGGGAAGCGGAAACAAAUCAGAGAAUGAGCGUCGACGCCGCUUCUAUCGGUGGCAAGAGCGAAGUUUGGGCAGGAGGAACGGAUGGCAGGGUCAGGGUUUGGAGAGAUGUCGGAAGCACAGCUGGUGGUGCGAAACCAGACAUGGAUUGGCUUGCGCAUGAAGAAGGGACGACAAUUGGAGGCUUGGCAUUGCACAGCUGUGGCUCCGUCGUUGCGACUGCUUCUGGAAUGAGGCGAGAGAAGGUUUUUGUUCGCGAGACAGAAAGUAGCUCAGAGACGGAAAGCGACUCAGAAACCGAAAGCGAAGACGAAUCUUCCGACGAUUCAGACGUCAGUGAUGAAGCUAUCAAGACGCUUUCCGAAACCUCGACAAACUGUUCCUCGCACCAGGAGUUGACCGAGGAUAAUACUAUCAAGUUAUGGAGCAUACUAUGA